AUGGUUUCUGACAACAGGAUAUCAGUAGACCCAAGCAAGAUAGAGUCUGCGGUAAAUUGGGAGAGGCUGACAUCAGUGACUGAAAUAAGGAGUAUUCUAAGGUUGGCAGGCUACUACAGAAGGUUUAUAAAAGAAUUUUCCCAACAAGACAUACCAUUGAGUCGCCUAACUAAGAAGGACACCCCGUUCGUGUGGAUACCAUAUUGUGAAAGCAGCUUUCAAGAGUUAAAAGAACGGUUGACAUCUGCCCCAAUGCUAGUCUUACCUAAUCCUGAUGUAGUUUUUGAGGUUUAUUGCGUUGCCUCGGGACAAAGACUGGGUUACGUUUCAAUGUAA